AUCUCCUCAUUCCACUCUAGCCGCUCGCUCGGAGGUACGUGUCGUGCCGUGUUACUCGUAUCAUACCAGUGUUCGUGUUUUGUGAUCAUCACGAUGAAAGCCAUAACGGCGAUGUGUGCGACCGGAGCCUCCGUGCCGGCGAUCGCCAGCGGACGUGUUCAGAGACACCGAGACGGCGAAAACGCUGAGAUACAGAUGUAUCUCUCGAAAUUACAAGACCUCGUGCCUUUCAUGCCAAAAAAUAGGCGCAUCUCUAAGUUAGAAGUCAUCCAGCAUGUCAUUGACUACAUCUGUGACCUGCAAUCAGCUCUGGAAAAUCAUCCAGCGGUUGGACAGUUCGAAGCCGAGGCAGCUCUAGCGCCGACUUGUACUUCUCCGCCAAAACCGCGUCGCAGGCCUCUCGGACCUCGCCCAGCUCCCAAUACAAUCCUCCCGACUGACAAAGCUGUACCUUCACAUCAUUCAAAUCACACGACGCCGGAGAAACAGGACCAACCGGACAGGUCGACGUGCUAAGUGUUUGCUAGGUUAAAGAACAUUUUUAUUAAUGGACAUCAAGUAUACCUCGAGGUGCGCGGCGCGCUCUGUAGGUUCGAACUGUGCUAGAAAGCUCCACAAGGGAGCCUCCAGGUCCAGUGAACAUCAUCUCGUGAUGAUAUCCUAAGCACGAUCUCGUUAAGAUCAUUAUGUUUAUUUAAUUAUUUGAUGGCAUUACGCUAAGACUUGAGCAUUGCAAUGCAAUCGACCGCAUCCCAGCGCGCCCCGGCCGGCUGGUCGCUGGCGAGGCGCCCUGGUGACGGAUUGUUUGUUAUAAUGUUAAUGUAUAAAGCUUUAUUAGUUAUUAAUGUAGGUCGGUGUACGUGAACAUGUCUGUAAAUAAUGUUGAGUGGUUCGCGACAUCUUAUCUUUCUUAACUACGUGGAACAAUUCUAAUGGAAAUGCAAUAAAUUUGUCAUGAACAUAGUUUGAUUUGUAUUAUGUUCUGUGAAAAGAUUUCUUUUUUUUUUUCUUUAUAAUUCGCUUCUAGUAUUUUAGUUUUAAAACGAUGCUUCCAUUUAUAUCAAAGAAGUGAAUCAAUUUAAAGUUGAUUUACCUAUAUAGCUUUAUUUUAAGUUAAUUUCAUGAGUGUGAUUAUGCAUGGCGAUUUUGUUGCUCUUAUAGAUUAUAAAGAAUAUAUAAGUAAGUGCUAAACGUAAUAUUACAUUUUAACUAAUUUAUCAGACUGCGUUUAGUACGAACAUGUAAAUAGUGUAUUUAAAAAAAAAAAAUUAUAUACAAGAAUAAAAAAAAAAUUAGCAAAAAUUAUCAAAUUUGAGACACUUUAUGAUUUUAUAUUGAAUAUAAGGUGAAAAUGCUUUAAUUAUCUUAUAUGAUUCUUAUUAAUUGUAUUAUGAUUUUAAACAGACUGUUAUAGUUAUAAUUAUUUUGGGAUGUAGCGGCAACGAAUGUACAUACAAAUAGCUAUGUAUUACAGUAAACACAAAUAGAUUAUGUAAACCAGGGCCCGUUAAACAAUAGCGUACUUUAGUCAUAGUAACAUAAAUCUUGGCAAGAUUCUAAUACACGGAUGAAUUAAGAAGACAUCUUUAAAUACGCGUGUGUGUACCAGCAUUGUUUAACGUGCUCUCGUUGGUCACGUGAUCGUUCAAUCGAUCACGUUUUUGGCAGCUUAUUGCAUUAUAUUACAUCUUACUGAUUUUUCAUUUUGUAAAUCUUAAAUCUCGUUUAAUUAAAUCGCACUGAUUCUUUGUAUAUGGUACCGACGGACGAAACAGUAAAUAAAACAUUAUUACAUA